ACCGACACAAAGCUUCUCUCUGACACUCCGAUCGGAACUUUUGGACUUAUCCGAGCCUCUCGCAGCUCCCGGACCUUGGCAGCACUGCGGUACCGGACUGGAUUACCUUUUGAUCGGGACUUUAUCUGAGGAGUUCAGCGGAUAUUUGCCUUCUAUCCUGGAGCUGGUGGAUUAUUUUACUGACUUCAACAUGACUCUGGAGGAGCUUGUUGGACCGAGCAGCACCGAUAAAAAGAUGGAGACGGUGGCCCAGGCCCUGGAGGAGCUGCUGGUCGCGGCUCAGCUGCAGGACGGCCUCACGGUGGGGGUCUACGAGUCCGCCAAGCUCAUGAACGUGGACCCGGACAGCGUGGUCCUGUGCCUCCUGGCCACGGACGAGGAGGAUGAGGACGACAUCGCGCUGCAGAUCCACUUCACGCUGCUCCAAGCUUUCUGCGGAGACAACGACAUCAACAUCCUGCGCGUGUCCGGAACCCGGCGGCUGGCCCAGCUGCUGGGGGACGACACCGGGGACGGCAACGGGAACGAGCCCCGGGACCUGCAUUGCAUCCUGGUCACGAACCCGCCGGUCCAGCCGCUGCAGUGCCAGGCCCUGCAGGACGUCAGCAGGUUCUGCGAGGAGAUCCGCUGCAAGAACCAGUGGGUCCCCUGUCUGGACCUGCAGGACCGCUGAGUGGAACCGAUCCGAACUGAACCGAACCGCCGGGGAGCGGCGGAAGGAGUUGGAUAACGGGAACCGAACGGCCUGUCCUCGUGUCGGAGGACAUCAAGGCGUUUGAGAGGAACCGACCGAACCGCGUGGACGGGGUUGCCUGGUCCAGUUGGAGGACGUGGGACCUGGGUCCGGGAGCCGGACCGAACCGUGCUGCAGAGACGGGCGGUUUUAAGGACUGUCAGCACGUGACUGGACUGAGGAGCUGCGCGUGAAGCUCGGGACUGAGCUGCAGGUUCACCUGCGCACGCGCACGGACUUUACAGUGAACUGUCCGGGCUGCGUCUCAGUGACGUCAUGCCUGUUUGAGUGUCAAAG